CCUAUUCGGUUGUGUAUUUUUGUAUUACACUUUUUUCUGGCAGUGAUGUAAAAGUGAAGAGGUACAUUUCAAUUUUAGUGUAUGUAUGCAAAGAGUUUGAACGAUUAAAUGUAUGUGAACUAGUGAAGUGUCUCUCAUGCUUAGUGGAUGUAUUGUAUGAAUCGGGACCACGAUGGGGUUGCCGUCGCUUAUGUACGUCAUAAUUGGAAUAGCGGUCCCCGUGAUAGCAGAAAUUGAAAUGGAUUUCACCAAGUAUCCAGAAUCAGUCACGGCACCAGUAGGCGACAAGGUCACCUUCGAAUGUGCAGUGAGAGUGCCUGGAGAGAAGCUGACAUGGCGUUGGCGACCUGAUGAUGACCUGGAGUGGAAGGAUUGGAAUAAUGUAGACGGUAUCAAUGACAAGGACAGUGUAUCUACGCGACUGGUGGUGCAAGUGACAGAGAAUACCCCCACUGCUUUGUAUCAGUGCAUGGCGUGGUACGGAUCGAUAAGUGUAGUAUCGAUACCAGCGCGCCUGACAAUCGCUAAGGUGGAUCUCAGCAAAAACACCCAAGAGAGGCGCGUGCUCACAGCACCUCUGUAUAACACUAUCGUGCUGCAUUGCAAGGAACCGAGGUCAGAACCGCCCGCCAGACUAAGCUGGUGGAAGGAAACUUCAAAGGGGUUAAGAAAGCAACUGGAGACACCAUACGGAGUUCUCGUGAUUAACAACGCAACUGUGGAAGACAGUGGCACAUAUGGCUGUGUGGCGACCAACGAUAUCAGCGAUCAAACCAUAGAUCUACCAGAGAGGACGUACCUAAAGGUUCAACAUGAAGGACACGCGGGAAUCAGGUUCAUGGAAACAGAAGACUAUGUGGGUACAAUAGAUAAAGAUGGAGUAUUAACAAUGCCAGUAUUGCCAGAUAAUUCUUUAAGACUGUGGUGUGGUGCUGUCGGCACUCCUCAACCGAGAGUCACCUGGAGUAAAGGCACGGAUACUAACUUACCUGGAAAGACAAAUAGUCUAGUCGUGGAAAAUUUUACUGGGGAACAUGAGGGUGUAUAUUCCUGCUCAGCAAACGGUAUCCGGCGCUCGUGGAAGGUUAUAGCUCUUCAACCUCCUCAUUGGGAAGGCUCGGCCGGGAGUGUCAAUGCCAGCGAAGGUUCCAGUGCUCACAUCUCUUGUGGGGUUCCGCAUGGACAACCCGCACCCGUCGUACAUUGGAUAUUCAAUGCUGAACUGAUUAAGACUGGAAAAGGGAUAAAGGCAACAGAUUCUGAUCUCUACAUCGACCAUGUGGAGAAGCGUCACGCAGGUAUCGUGCAGUGCUUCGCCUGCAACGCGCUCGGCUGCGCGUACGAUGCGGCAAUGCUUACCGUCGUACCAGUGCAGAUAUCCGACCAGGAUUACUCCGCGGAAACGCCGAAGAUUCACAUACCAUCCCAGUCUCCUAAACGGCACAACAAGAAAAAUCCAAGGAAACACAAAGCGGUAUUAAUACCACCAUCCCGGCCAAAUGUAACAAGGCUGUCCGACGAGAGUGUUAUGGUAUCAUGGUCCCAUGAUAACCACGGGCUACAAAUACAGUUUUUUAAAGUCCAAUACAGGGAGGUUACUAACUCAUCCAACAUCCAAUGGCAUACUGAGAACUACGAAAUACCCACGCAUAUUCAUUCCUUCCAAAUUGAUGGACUCAUGCCCGACAAAUACUACAAAUUCCGAAUCGCAGCGGUAUACUCGAAUCAGGACAACAAACUAGGGCGUAGCAGCGGAAAGUUCUUCUUGCAACGUGGAGGAUUCCAGAGUCCACGUGCGCCAGUCCUCGACAAGGCCACGUCGCUAUCACCGCAUAGCAUCCAGCUAAAUUGGACGUGGUCGGCUCAUGGCGGUGUAGAAGCGGAGGGUUUCUAUGUUUACUACCGAGCGGUGUCUUCGGCUGGUGCUUACGAGAAAGUCACAGUGGGUGGCCAUGAGAGGAGUAUGGUUAUGGCGCAUCUGGCCGCAGAUACUGCGUACGAGCUGAAGAUACAGGCCUACACUGCGCAGGCGCCUUCAGAUUUCAGUGCUAUACUGAUGGCUAAAACUCAACGGGCAUUGAACGCAGCAAGUACUAGCACAGAAGCACCACCUAAAGAGGAAGAAAGUGCUCCCGGCACUUUGGUGACAGCUGGAGGUGCGGCGGGUGCGGCCGCUCUGCUGUUGAUACUGGCUGUCACAUUCCUUUUGUGUCGACGCGCUAAGAGACCUCAUGCGGAUAAGGAAAAAGGGGCGGGACCUGAAGGCGGUGCUAACAACGGGUACCUUCCAGCAAAAGUGCCAAUUACUAUAACGGCUAACCCAAUGCAUGGAGAGGGUGGUGACAGCGGUGUGGAAAUGUCUUUCCUUCACAACAAUAACUGCGGCAACACCGCCAGUACUGACGACACGUUACCACACUCUAGGAAGAACGGCCCAGCGAGACAAUAUGUGUGAACAAUUAAAUGUGAAUUCCGUUGUGUAUAUAGUAGUGGGCGUUUUAAAGCGACUAUCAAUCGACAUUUCAGAGAUAUGCUCAAGAACUAUUUGAGCUAUUUACGGCCGCAGCUUUUUCUCUAAUACAAACAGCUCUUGGCCAUUUUUUCUCGAAUGGAGAUUGCAGAUCCUUACGGUGCCUCGCAGUUCAAGAUGUAUCAUGCAAUAUCAACUACCUACGUAAUGUAUUUAUUUAUUUGCCAAAUUGUGGAUUCAUAACAAGUUAACAUUUAAUUAAACAGUCCCGUCACAAUCGACUGUCAC